AUGAAGCAAGUGGAGAACAUGGGUACUUGUGCUAAGUUUGUGUGUAGAGCUCUUCUUCUUUUGAGCGUUGUUAUUGGGUUGAGUGAUGAAGUAAAUGGUUAUGGGGAGGAGGAGGAUGAGGGCCGCUUUGGAGGCCCAAAUGGUUGGAGGUUCAAUGAUGAUUAUUGCCGGGGUUGGAGGGGCUGUGGAAGUUUCUAUGGCCAAGGUGGUAGAGGGGUUGGUGCAGCGGGUGGUGGUGGUGGUGGUGGCGGUGGAGGAGGAGGAGGAGAUGGUGGGGGAGAUGGGCAUGGGGAAGGACAUGGUUCUGGAGGGGGCAAGAGUGGUGGUGGGGGAGGCUUUGGCGGUGGAGGUGGAGGUGGUGGUGGUGGUGGUGAUAGUGGUGGUUCUGGUCAUGGUGAAGGUUUUGGGGCUGGGAUUGGUGUAGGUGGGAGUGUUGGUGGUAUUGCAGGAGGAGGAGGAGCAGGAGGAGGUGGUGGUGGAGGAGGAGGAGGUGGUGAAGGCUCCGGUCAUGGAAGUGGAUAUGGUGCCGGUGGGGGUGGGGGUAUUAAAAGCGGAACUUCUGGUGGCUUCGGUGGUGGUGGUGGUGGAGGAGGAGGAGGCUCUGGAGGUGGUGGCAGCAACAACACAGAUGGAGUUGGUUUUGGACAUGGUAGUGGAUAUGGUGCAGGUGCCGCUUUUGGAGCUGGUAAUGAAGGUGGAUUCACAGGGAAUCAAGGCUUUGCAGGAGGAGGAGGUGGUGGAGGUGAAGGAAGUGGUGGGUAUGGUUCUAGUGGAGGGUAUGGACACGGGAGUGGGUUUGGUGGAGGAGCAGGUGGUAGUGAUACAGGUGGAGGAGGAGGAGGAGGCAGCGGUGGUGGAGGGUCAAGUGGAGGGUCUGGCCAUGGAGAGGGUUUCGGUGCAGGUGGAGGGUUUGAUGCGAGUAGUAGAGAAGGAAGAGAAGCCGGGAAUGGUGGGAUUGGCAUGGGAUUUGGGAUGGGCAUUGGCUUCGGAUUUGGAAUGGGAAGCGGCGGCGGCCAUGGGGUGGAAGAUAGUACUGGCAAUACUCACCCCUAA